ACUCAUCAUUACACAAGGGAAAGUCAGCUGCUUUUAUUAGUUUCACAGGAUUGCUCUGUGUUAUUGACCUAAGUCCAUGGAAUUAUCCUUAUCAUUUGCCUAUCGCGUCUUGCCCUCUCUGUUCCUUGGCUCUUGAAACUGCACAGGUCUGUGUUUUUUGUGUACUUCAACUUGUUGAAUACCAGCACCCUGCCCUCUCUGAGGAGUGCUCAGUGUUCAAGGUUCAGGAAGAUAACGAGAGGUGAGUGGCUGACGCAUAGCUCGUGUUGUGUUACCAAAGGCUCAUAUCAGAUUACGGCAGACAGCAGCUCGGCUGAAACCAUAGCUGUCUUCAGCUCGCUGUUGCUCGAACAAACCAGGAACUAGGACUAACAAAGGAGUUUUAAAGAAGCUAAAGGAACAAACUGAGGGCUACUGUUGUUUUUAGAAGAGCGUUACCAUGGGUAAGAAGACACAACACUCUCUGCUGCUUUUCCUGUGUUUGUCGGGGCUUGUUCACCACUCUGCUUCCCUGGUGUUUUGGACCGCCAUGGUGGAAAUAAGCUACAUUGACAGCCACAAUAAGACUGUAGAGAAAUACUGUGAGUGUGGCUUGUUUGGCCGUAACUCUCCCCUGGAGAAAACCUCGGGCAUUGUUACACUUCCCAAGGGAGACCCCAAAGGCUGUGGCUCAGAACCUGUGUACACCCGCAACUCCAGCUCCCCACCAUGGAUAGCGCUGGUUAAAAGGGGCAACUGCACCUUCAGUGAGAAGAUCAAUGCCGCCAAACGUCAAGGAGCGGCUGGCGUGGUGGUGUACAAUGUGGACGGUAGUGGAAACAGCACCACUCACAUGGCACACUCGGACGCAGCUGGCAUUGUGGCGAUCAUGAUUGGCAACGCUCAGGGCAUGGAGGUUGUCAGGCUGGUGAGGAACGGGACAGAUGUGCAGAUGCUCAUUGAUGUGGGCAGCCCGCACGGACCCUGGAUAGACACAUACUGGCUUUACUUCCUGUCCAUCGCCUUCUUCAUAGUGACAGCAGCCUCCAUCGCCUACUUUGUGUUUAUCUCCGCAAACCGUAUCUACAAUCUGAGCAUGCAUAGGCGCGCUGAGAAGAGGCUGAAAUCUGAGGCUAAAAAGGCCAUCAAGCGUCUACAAGUGCGCACACUCAAGACAGGGGACAAGGAAGCCACCUCUGAUUCCUACAUGUGUGCUGUGUGUAUUGAAAACUACAAGGCAGGGGAGGUGGUGACGGUGCUAACAUGCGAGCACAUCUUCCACAAAGCCUGCAUCGAGCCGUGGCUGCUGGACAGGAGGACCUGCCCCAUGUGUAAGUGCGACAUUUUGAAGGCCCUGGGGGUCGAGGAGGAAGUAAAAGAGAGCUUUCCCGCUGAGUCGCCACCAGAUGUCACUGUGAUCACAGUGGCAGGAGGAGAAACCAUGUAUGAGGUGCCACUGACUGACCCAGUGAGCCCUGACCCUGAGAGACAACAACAUCGCUAUGACAACAGGGCCUUUGAGGCAGACUCGGAGGCUGGGAGAAGAUGAACAGCAACGGAAACAAAACAAACCAGGACACAUUCAAAUUGAAAAUUUUCUAGGAUACACUGAACCAGCACAAUGGAAUCAAACUGUAAUAUUCCAACAGGAGAAACAAUCUUCUCGUAAUGCAAAUAGAUUUUAAAACGGAUUUAAAAUGCUCAUGGACCUUGUGUAAUUAGCUUGGAUGACACUGCAUUUUCCUUGUGUCUGUCUAAGUGUGUAAAUACUGGGUGUGUUCAUAAAGCCAACUUAGAUGGUUAGAAUAGAUUCUUAGAGCUGAUUAGUCGUGGCCUGGUGCCAGCGUCAGAUUUCUGCUUUGCAUAGUGUACACACCAGCUCGACACUGGUCAGGGAGGAAGCACAGGAGAGCAUUUGAAAAUUUGUUUGAAAUUGAGGCCAAAUUUCCACCAACAAAAAGCCUUGUUGGCACAUACUCCCUCACAAUUGACCAUUGUGUUUUAAAUUCAGAGCAGGGUUUAUUCUCUUAAUAAUAAUGUUAAUUUUAAUUGCAUUUACGUAAUAAAAUGAGAAAAUACAGAUAAAAGACAAUAUGUUCAUAGGAGAUACACAACCACACACACACACACAGAUAAUAAAAUACAAAUUAGUUUUGAUACCAGUUAAUUCAAUAACUGCCACAUAAAUGCAGGUCAAAAAUAGGUUUUCAGAUUUAAUGGCAAUUAAUAAUUCAGUUAAUGUGAAUAAUUGGACUUUCAUUCUGCUCUUUUAAAAAUGUGAUUAUGUUUUUCCAUUAUGUGAGGUUGUUGGGCUUGAUUCACAAACACACCCUUAUGAACACACCCUUGACCCUUGAGGAAAUGCAGCAUGACACACAUAACACUGCAGUGAGUGUAUAACAUCACCUGAGGGUGCUGGGACUCAUAAGAAACAUGGUUUGUGGAAACAUGUUUGCGACUUAUGAAUCAAGAAUUUUUAAGUCCUUAAUAAUAUGUUGGCCCUGAGCUACUUUUGAGAAUGUGGCAAUGCAAUAAAUGUCGUAAAAACUGCACAAUAUGCCUCUAAAAAAAUGCUAUCUUGACUGUUGGAUAGGGGAAAAUGAUCUUUAUGUGUAAUGGAUUUUGAAAUUAUAUAUAUCGAGAUUUAUUUAUCAAUAAUGUCAAGUUCUGUCUGUUAACGGCAAUAGAUGUAUAGUCCUUUUGCAUCUCUAAACAGCUGAUUUUCACGUGCAAGCACAUUUUGUUCUUGAGCAAGUCUUCCAGGUUUUUCCUUUGAGUUAUUGGGUGUUUGUUCAGUUCCUGUGGUCUACCUCUGAACUCUCGCAUGGGUAAAUUAUGGAGCAUGUUUAAGAUUCUUGCAAUUCAGAGAUUAAGUGUGUCCCGCGGUAAAUGAUAAAGAAUGAUUUGUUUGCUGGUGGGGAUAUGCUGAUAAUGGUACUUAAAUAUAUUUUUCUACACUGAAUCAGUUUCACGACUGUUUUACAGAUUCCAGGAGUCUUAAAUUGUUCUGUAAAAAUGAUUGUAACUUGCUGUAUUAAAUCACAUUGAUGCUUAUUAGAAUGCAAUAAAUCCCUCAAAAUGAGGCCAACUUUAAGAGCA